AUGGCCGACGACACCCUCUCCAUCUACGAUGAGAUCGAAAUCGAAGACAUGACCUUCGACCCGGCCAUGCAAAUCUACCACUACCCUUGUCCAUGUGGCGACCGAUUCGAGAUCGCCAUCGACGACCUUCGCGACGGCGAGGAGAUCGCCGUGUGUCCCAGUUGCAGUUUGAUGAUCCGGGUGAUUUUCGAUGCGGCGGACCUUGUCCAGGAUGAUAAUAAAGACAAGUCUAGUGCGGUCGCCGUGCAAGCGUAA